GUCCGAAAACCGAUUGUCAUCACAAGGUCGUUGUCUGACAAGUGCCUUUGGCCAGCCCGAUCCUUUUGAAGCCGCCUUGAUUACACAAAAGUUCACAGCAUCUGAAAUUGCGGAGUCGCUUACUCUGUUAACCCCUUUUACCCAGUCUGUCCCGAUAUCGGAAAAUCCUUGCUCCUGUAACGGGUCCGAAGACCGAUAGCUUUCACAAGCUCAUCGUCUCACAGAAAUCAAUCAUCAACCUCGAACAUGUGGGGAAAGAUAUCUGAGAGCUUCCCAGGAGUUGAGGGGUGUUUCACAAGUUCAGCCACAAUUUCGCUAAAACGGGCUAGCUGUGGCGCUCACUCCUCCUGCCCAACACCCUGUCCAAUGCCGUCACCAAGAAAGUCAAGUCGCGUUUCCUGGCUGCUGACAAUCGGCAUCGUCAACGCCAUCGCCCUCCCCCUCCUCCACUAUUGCAAUUGCAACUCCCCGUUUCUUUUUCAACAAUCUAUACAAUUGCAAAUCUCCAGCUUCUAAUGCCCGCACUCUCCUGAUAUCAAUAUAUCAUGACUUUACAGGAUAAAGCCACAAUCGCGAGUAGCAUUGCUCUGCGCAUAGCCACCUACAUCUUUUUGAGGAUCAUUCCCGGCCAUGUGAGCUACGUUCUAGUCUAUAAUUGCAAACCACAUGCUAAUUAUCUUGUGCUAGCAUUUACCGCCUAUUGUUUAUUCAUUAUUCGCAAUCUAUGUCCCUUCUUUUAUCUCGAGUUUCUUCAGCCAGAAACCCUACGAGGUUCUCGAGGAUGAGGUGGAAGUCGUGGUUACCGAGACAGAAAUAGAAGACCAGCCACCAACAUACUCGUCGACAGCGGCACAUUCCCAGAAUAUUCCACCAGGGCAAAAGCCAGUGCAUUUGGAGGAGGAGAUUGAUAUUGCGGAGACGGUGACACUUGGGAGGAAAAGCGCACAACCAUGGAAGACGCUCCUGACUGGUCUUCCGAGUCCGACAUCAACGCUGUUGUCUCUAGCUACUUUCUUGAUUAAUUCUCUACUGGUAUUAUCUGCUGUAGACUUGAUAUACCGCGCAAAAGUCUAUCACCCAAGCAAUGAUCUUUCUUUUGCACGACUGGGAUACGUUUCGCCUACAGAAGCCAGCAUCUUGGUCCGAGAGCCUGAAUCUUCUCAACUCCCAAUAUUUGUAUCAUACAGGUUGGCAGACGUCCCAGCUUCAUACGAAGAUCCUGCAUGGAAGAGCGCUGGCGUGAUUUCCUCUCUUGGUAACGAUACCGAUUAUACUGGAACUGUUACCUUUCCACUACCCAAUUACCCAGAUAGAAAAUAUCAAUGGAGUACGUCGAACAAUCAUACCGGAUUUUUUACCAUUCCGCCAAAACCUGGUAAAGUUGGAAAACAAGGCUCUUUCACUUUCUUGACAUCAAGUUGUGUCAAACCUCGUUUUCCAUACAACCCGACCCUACAUCCUUUAGCCAUUCCAGGCUUUAAACAUAUGGCCGAUGUGGUCAAAUCAAUUCCAGGCGGAGCCCAAUUCAUGCUAUUCCUUGGCGAUUUCAUCUACGUAGAUGUUCCAAGGCGAUUUGGUACUGACGUGGAGGACUAUCGAAGAGAAUAUCGUCAAGUUUACGCCUCACCAGACUGGCCAUUGGCCGGACAAAACAUGAGCUGGAUUCACGUUUUGGAUGAUCAUGAGAUUGCAAAUGAUUGGGAUGCCAAUACUACCGGCGUAUAUGAAGCAGCAGAAGACCCAUGGCACCACUACCAGACAUCUGUCAACCCACCAAAAGCUCGUCAGGCUGGUACAUAUAAUCAGCUUCGAAAGGACGCCACAUACUUUGAGUUUACCCAAGGACCCGCAACUUUCUUCAUGCUAGACACUAGAACAUAUCGUGAUGCAUCUGGUGACCUUCCCGUAAACAGCACUGAAAAAACAAUGCUCGGCCCAGAACAACUCGCUGAUCUUCUCCAUUUCCUCGCUAAGCCUGAGCCGAAAGGGGUGAAAUGGAAGAUCAUCGCUUCCAGUAUUCCAUUCACGAAGAACUGGAGGGUCAAUGCUCUGGAUACUUGGUCUGGAUAUCUCCACGAACGUAAGGUUAUUCUGGAAGCUAUGUGGGACGUUGGACUAAGGGGUGGUGUGGGCGUCAUUGUUUUGAGUGGUGAUAGACAUGAGUUCGCUGCUACUGCUUUCCCACCUCCUGUUGGUGGGAAGUGGCCAAUUAGUGCGACUGUUAAUGAGUUUUCUACGAGUCCUCUGAGUCAGUUCUACUUACCCACGCCAACAUACAAGCAAACUGAUGAGGAGGAUGUUAUGGUUAAGUGAGUUUUCUCUUCAUUCCCUCCAUUUCCCCUUUCGACCAGGACUAAUGAAGUCAGGUAUAUCCCAAAUGGCAACUCGAAACUUGGUGCUAUCACGAUUGAGAAUACUGCUAGUGAUCAGAGUAUCCUCAAGUUCCGCCUUUAUGUUGACGGGAGGGAAGCUUGGUCGUCGGUACUCCUGUCUCCACCGACGAUAUCGGGGAAGAACCGAGGGAAAGAUGCGCUUUGGGGAUAGACUUGGGGUAUAGAGGACAAGGUAGAACGGCGGGAUGGUUGGGAAGGGGGCGUUUUAGAGUUUGGAAUUCUGGUUAAAUACUCCGGAUGUUUUAUUUUUGGAUAGGAUUUUCGGAAUGGAAUGGAAUGCUGGGGUUGAGAUAUUCUUUUGUGGGUUUAUAAAGUAGAAGUCGAUUGAUGCUUUUAUUGUCACGAUGUAUUUUGCGUGCUUGGAAGUGAUCAGCUUGUAAGUAAAGGUGCGAGA